CCGUUCUCCUUUGACCUCCAGCAUCCUAAAUCAGCAUCCCCGUCACCUCAGUCAUCAUCCCCAGCACUCUCAGUCAUCAUCGUUAACACCCUCAGUCAUCAUCUCCACUCAGCCAAUUGAAAAAACUAAAAACCGGCUUAUAUCGUAGGAACCGUCUUCACUCUCAUCAGAAGGCGCGUGUUCUGUAAAUUCACCAGACACCUACUUACUACCGCCCUGUAACUCACUCCGACCCUUUCACACUCACCAAAUCACCAUGGCUCCCACCAACAUCUCGGAGAGCAAGUUGUUCAAGCCGGUCAAGAUCGGCAAUGCCCAGCUCAACCACCGCAUAGCAAUGGCGCCGUUGACGCGGUACCGCAACGACACAAACCACGUGGCCAAGCCCUUCGUCCCAAGAUACUAUGGCGAGCGCGCCUCCACUCCCGGCACCCUGAUUAUCUCCGAGGCUACCGGCACGUCAAUGCAGGAGACUGGAGUGCGGCAAGGCCCGGCUUUCGUUACCGAUGAGCAAGUUGCUGCUUGGCGAAAGGUCAUCGCCGCGGUCCACGACAACAAGUCGGUGUGGUUCCAGCAGAUCUGGGCACAAGGACGUGCCGCCGAUCCCGAAUACCAGAAGGAGCGCGGUUACAAGUUCCGGUCAUCCAGCGCCGUCCCCAUGGAGCCUGGUGCUGCUGUCCCCGAAGUAAUGACAGAAGACGAGAUUCUGGGUGUCAUCCAGGACUUUGUAGACACGGCCAAGAGAGUUGUCGACGCCGGCGGCGACGGAGUCGAGAUCCACGGGGCACAUGGCUACCUUCUCGACCAGUUUCUGUCCGACUCAGUCAACCAACGAACCGACAGGUGGGGCGGUUCAAUCGAGAAUCGAUCCCGACUCCUCCUCGAGGUUGUCAAGGCAGUCGUUGCGGCCAUCGGCGCUGAGAGGGUGGCACUCCGGCUGUCCCCGUACGCCUCCUUCCAGGGUGCCGAGUCAUCGGACAUUCAUGGCCAGUAUUCCUACAUCGUCAAGGAACUCAAGAAGAUGAACGCUCCCUUUGCGUACUUGUCGUUGGUCGAGGCCCGUGGCGACCCUGCAAAGCUACUGAGUCCCGAUCUGGACUCAGGGGCUGAGCAAACGCUCGACUUCAUCCUCGACAUCUGGGACAACUUGUCGCCUGUGAUUGUGGCCGGAAACUACAGUCCCGAGACUGCCUCUCGAGCACUGGAGGAGCACUACGCAAAGUGGGAUGUCAUUGUUGCUUUUGGAAGGAGCUUCCUCGCCAACCCUGACCUCGUAUGGCGCAUCAAGCACGGCGUGCCUCUUACGAAGUACCACCGGUUUUCGUUCUACAUCAAGGGCUCUGAGAUCGGCUACAACGACUACACUUUCAGCCAAGAAUACAUUGACGCGCGGAGAGAAUGGGGAGUGGCAAACCUGGAAUCAAAUGCCAAAUAAGCAGUUUUUUUCAUGGCCCAUGACUGGCGGUUUUGUUUUGCGUUGCCUUUUUUGUACAUAUCAUGAAAUAUGAGGAAUUAGAUCUUGGGCGUAUAGAGUAUGGAGAGCCAGCUACAAGAAAGAUGAAAAGUCCGUUGACAGCCGGCUACCGU